UCAAAACCAGUUGAUAACCACAAUUUUGAGAUUGCUGAUAAUGAGGACAAAUUGUAUGCCGACUAUCGCCGAGGACAUCGGAAACGAUAUUCUAGAUGAUAGGCCAAAUAGUUCUUCUUUGUUUGAUAUAUAUGGUCCAAGAAUUUCGGAUGCGCUUGAUUCAAAAUUGAUAGCCAUUUUGGGUUGCCUCAUUUUCUCAGAACCGGGCCUUCCACCGUGAAUUUGGUGAGCAGCAGCCAAUGUACUAACAUUGGGUUCCCAUGAAACUGUUUUCCUAUGCUAUCAAGAUUCCUUCCAUAUCCAGAAAUGAAUGUUGCAGUCUCAAGAAGCCUCUUUUACCUCUGUUUAUUUCUUCAUCCUCAAACCACUCCUCUGCCCGCGGUGACUCUCAUUUCAUCUUCUUACCUGAAAUCGUCCCUAACCGCCGACUAUUGUCGUUUUUACACCAAUUCUCUACAAACAUUUCCUGGGUCGCAUCAAUUCAUGCACAGAUUAUUGUAAACUCUCUAUCAACUGACUCUAUUCUGGCCACAAAGCUAGUGAAGGCGUAUGGUGAUUUGGGCUCUCUUGAAACUGCUCGCAAUGUGUAUGAUCAAUUUACGGACCCAGAAGUGUUUCUUUGCAAUGCUAUGAUGAAUGAGUUUUUGAAAAGGGGGCAAUACUCUAAGGUGGUUGACCUGUUUCUAAUGAUGGGUACCUUAGAACCAAGAAUUGAUAGUUGCACUUGCACAUUCAUGCUCAAAGCCUGCAGCGCAUUACCAAAUUAUUACGAGACUGGGAUGGAAAUUGUUAGGAGGGGUGUAGGUCGUGGAAUGCAUAAUGAUCGUUUUUUUGGGAGUUCAAUGUUAUGUUUCUUGGUGAAAUAUGAACACCUUGAUUAUGCACAGAUUUUAUUUGAUGAGAUGGAAAAUAAGGAUGUUGUGUGUUGGAAUUCAAUGAUGGGAGGCUAUGUGAAAACCAAUCAGUUCGAUAAGGUGUUUCAACUGUUUUUAGGGAUGCGUAAAUGUAACAUUGGACUUAGUACUGUAACUAUGGUGAAUUUGAUUCAGGUAUGCAAGGUGAUGGGAUGUAUAAGAGUAGGAAAAUGUACUCAUGGGCUUACAGUUCAGUUGGGAAUGGGAAAUGAUGUUAAAGUGCUAACGUCAUUGAUCAAUAUGUAUAGUAUGAUGGGUGACAUUGAAACUUCUUCCCUUGUUUUUGAUAGGAUGCCUACUAGAACUCUGGUUUCUUGGAAUGCAAUGAUCUCAGGAUGUGUUCAGAAUGACUUGGUUCAUAAAUCACGUGAAUACUUUCAUGAAUUAGUAUGUCAUGGGAUCAGUUUUGAUUCGGGAACUCUCGUUAGCCUCCUUCAAGGUUGCUCACAAGUUGCUGACAUGGCAAGUGGCAAGAUACUUCAUGCUUACAUCUUACGACGAAGUCUAGAGUCAAGUAAUAUUUUAUUUACAGCACUUCUUGAUUUAUAUGCCAAGAGUGGAGAACUCACCAAGGCAAAUUAUGUUUUUACUGCAAUGAAAGACAAAAAUGUUAUUACAUGGACUGCUUUGCUCACGGGACUAUCUCAAAACGGAAGAGCAGAGGAUGCGCUGAAGCUAUUCCGUGAAAUGCAGGAAGAGAAUGUUGCUGCCAAUUCUGUGACUCUGGUUGGUUUGGUCUACUGUUGUGCCCAUUUGGGAUCCUCACAGAAAGGAAAAAGUGUUCAUGCUAAAUUAGUUCGAUCAGGUUUUUCUUUUGAAAUUGUGAACAUGACAGCUUUAAUUGAUAUGUAUGCCAAAUGUGGCAAAAUAAGUGUAGCCGAAAGGGUGUUCAAUACUGUAGUGGAUCGUGGAGAUGUUAUUUUGUUUAAUGCUAUGAUAACAAGUUAUGGUAUUCACGGUUUCGGGCACCAAGCUAUAAACAUAUAUGACCAAAUGAUCUAUCAGAGAGUCCCUCCAAAUGAAACUACAUUUGUUGCUCUUCUAGCAGCAUGUAGUCACUCUGGGCUCGUGGAAGAGGGUACCUAUUUGUUUGAGAAGAUGAAAAGUGAACAUAAAGUUAAGCCAUCUGAAAAGCAUUAUGCUUGUUUGGUUGAUCUUCUUAGUAGGGCAGGGCGUCUUGAAGAUGCAGAAGAGUGCAUUAAUAAUAUGCCGUCUCAGCCUGGUACUACUGCUGUUCUUGAAGCUUUACUCAAUGGGUGUCGUUACCAUAAGAAUAUUGAUAUAGGCUUGAGAACUGCAGAUAAAUUGCUUCACCUAGACUCCACAAACCCUGGUAUAUAUAUUUUACUAUCAAAUAUAUAUGCUGCGAUGAAGAGAUGGGAUGCAGUAGAUUAUAUUCGCAGCAUCAUGAGGGCUCACAGUUUAAAGAAGAUUCCAGGGUACAGUUCGGUUGAAAUAAAGAAUCAGGUCCAUACUUUUUUUGCUGGCGAUAAUUCACAUUUGAACUGGGAAGAAAUUCAUCAGUUUUUAGAAGCUUUAAAAUCAGUGAUAGAAGCUACUGGGCAUGUACCUGACACUAGCUGUGUUCUUCGUGAUGUUGAUGAAAAGAUGAAAGUGAAAUUAUUGUGGGGUCAUAGUGAGAGAUCAGCUAUUGCAUUGGGACUUCUAAGCACACCACCUGGAAGUGUGAUUCGCAUAACAAAAAAUCUCCGUGUCUGUAAUGACUGCCAUAUGGUUACAAAAUACAUAUCACAAAUAGUACAAAGAGAGAUUGUUGUGAGAGAUGUCAAUCGAUUCCACCACUUUAGGAAUGGUAAGUGCUCUUGUGGUGAUUACUGGUGAUGAGGGCUAACUAGCUAAGAAAUCAAGCUUGGACUAAUCUAAUAAUAGUGGCCUGCUAUCAAAGCUCAAGCUAUGUGGCAAAAAUGAUCCUCCAUUGGCAGCAGCAAGGUGUUUUCCCUUAAUGUAGAUUCCUUUUCUUUGACAAAAAAAUGUAGAACGGAGGGCGUUAAUCCGAAGUUGGGAGUAGCUGAGCGUCUUUAACAUGCUGCAAAAACAAGUACUGACAUCAUAUCAGUUUCAGAUUCUGCCAGUCCGAAGUCAGAAGCUUGUCUGGAUUAAAUUCUUGGGUGUUUGACAGAUAAGUGUAUAUUUGUAAGUUGUAACAUUUCAUUCCAAAAAGUGUAAUUCUCUUUUUGGUUUACUGAGAUAGUGUAAAAUGGAGGUGCCAGGUACUGGUAGACAAGCUUUGGAUUUCAGCCCUCCGAACUUGUAUAUAUAUAUAUAUAUAUAUAGGGAAUAGAUCUGGUGAGAAGCUUGCUUGGGCUGAAAAGUGAGAAGUAAUAUGGAGCGUCCGAUCUUCGCAAAUCUGGCGGCCAAUUUUUAUUAAUGGACCUUUCGGUAGUCUAUGUUUAUCCGUUUGAUUCUGGAAAUUAUCUUUCCGCUUAGAAGCCAGAACUUCUACGACUUAUCUCUGCAACUAAAACGGUGACAGAGCAUCUUUCUAAUAACUUCUACGAAGUGCAAUCGCGCAACGAUGACAAUCUCAACAACUCCAGUGAGGUUCAAUCACGCCACGAUGAUAAUCGCAACAACUCCAGCGAGGUAGAGCAGUUUCAGAAGAACUUUCAAUCUCUCUCGCAAUCAGCUCGAAGAACUUGAAUCGGCCUUGAACGGACUUGAAUUGGACUCCGCUGAAAUUAAGUCAGACUUCUCUGAACUUCUCCGAAUUUGAAUCGAACUGCGCCGAAGUUGUGUAAGACUUCUCCAAACUUCUACUUGUAUGUUCAAAGAUUUGUGGAAGCCAAUUACAAUAAAUUUGGUGGGAAGCCUAUAAUAGUUCAAGCGUCCGAUUAAACUAAUCAAUAUCGAUACAAAUGCGUGUGUGGAGUAAUAUGAAGCGCCCUAUUAAAUCAGUCCAAUCUCCAAAUUGUACUGUGGAGCUACUUGUAUCCUUUCUUCUAUCUAAUUCAUGGAAGUCAUUUCAAUAUGAAGUUUAUUCCACUUUAAUUUGCUAAUUUCAGAAUUUGUUUGUAGAAAGAUUUAGUUUGAGUUACACAUACCAACUGUUCGUUGAAAUACUUGAAUGAUUAAUAUGUCAAACAAUUUAGGUAGCAAAUAAGUGUGGAAAGAUUUAAUUUAAGUUAUACCUGCCAAGUAUUCGUUGAAAUGCUUGAAUGAUUAAUAUGUCAAUAACUUAAAGUAGCAAGUAGUAGCAUAGGACUUUAUGGCUGCAACUCGAAUUGAUGCUUACAAAACUUUAAGUUCUCACCAGUUCGGUUUAAUCAACAAAUCAGUUCUAGUAAAUGAAAGUAAGAUUUAAAACAGAUUUAUUAGUUUUUGUUGUUGUUAGUUCUUUUUGUUUACCUAUUCACUUUUUUGUUAUUGGAUAUUUCUUCAUAGAGAUUUAAUUUGAUUGGAUUGCUUUUAACUUCAUCUAGUUGAGCUAAUUCUAUUAUUGCUCUUUGACCUUAUUUUAUUUAGUUGAAAUUGUAUUUUGUUUCUUAAAAGUUAGCAGUGAAUUUGGUCUUCAACAUAUGAUUUUCAUGUUAAUAUCUUCAACAUAUGAUUGCUGCUUUGGUAAAAUCUCAAAAGUUACAACCUUAUCUUUGAAAUUCAUUCUGUAGUCUUAAAGUAUCAAUUUCAUUAGACGUAAAGUGAGACUAAAAGUGAUUACUUUCUUUCUAUAAGUUAUGAUUCUCGCUUUAUUAGUUUAUGCUAAUCUGAAAGAGUGCUUGAUUACUUUAAAUAAAAGGACUCUCACUUAUAUAGCAUUCUGAUUGUUUCGAGCUAACAUAAGUAUUCUGAAAAUUGUUUUUAAUCACAACAAUUUCACUUUUUUUUUUGGAUUACUGCACGAACUAUAAGUUAUGCAUUUAUAUUUAGAAGUGCAGCUUAUUUAAUUAGAAGUAAUGAGAAAAGAAGCAUCCCAUUAGCAUUUGAGAAAAAACAUGGGUUGGCCUUUAUACAUAACACAUGCAAAAUUAAUAGAACAUUCAGUCUACUCCUAGAAGAGGACCGGUCACUUGUUUCAAUUCAGUUUAGGAGUUAGUUAUUACUUUUCUUUUAGCAGUUAUGAAUAUUACUUUAGAACUUUCUCUUAUUAGCUAACAAUAAUAACACUAAAUAUAAUAUUGGCAGGUAGUUUUUUUUUAUUUUUAUAAUAACCACUUGUUAUAAUAACAUAUUGAUUUUGAGAUCUUCAUUAUAUAUGAGCUAGAAGUUGUGGAUUACUUGUUAAAAGUUAUGGUUCUAAUUUUAUUAGUAUGUUGCUAAAUGACUCUUUUUACCUUGGCAGAUGAGGACAAGUAUGAGUCUAUGAGCAGCAAGCAUGAAGAUGAAAUUGGGCAUGAGAGUUAUCCAAGUCAUACAGAAUAUAGCAUGUUGAAUUCAUUUUUGAAGUUCUAUCAUGUCAUUUUUUCAAUUUAAAGUGUAUAUUUGUGACUUGGAAGUCAGUAGUUAGUGUAUAACUGUACUCUAUAUCUUAUGAUAGAACUUGUGAUGAUUGUUGGUUAAAGUCUAUUUUAUCUUUAAAUAAAUUACUUUGUUGAUUUUGAUCUUUUAA